AUGCAUGGAUUCUACGGUGCUGAUAGUUUUGUGGAGCUAGGUGAAUGUUGGGUAGAAAUGAUUAAAUACGUGGCUAAUGAACCAUCCAUUGGACUUUUUUUUAUCCAACAACAUACUCAAACAGAUGUGCCCAAUAUUAUUAAACUUCGAAACAAUGUUAUUGUGAAGUCUCGUGAAACAAGUUUACACACACAAGAUUUAGAAGAUUCGAUCGUAAUGGUUAGAUCGAUGAAGGAGUGUGGAUUUUCUAUAGUUGAUGAGAUGAUUGGAGACAUUAAAAAAUCUCUAAUAACUAUGGGAACAAAACAACCAAAAAAGGGGUUGAUUCAUCCUGCAACAAAUAUUGAUAGAACUAGUUUUGCGGGCAUUACAUCUUCGCAGGGUAUGAAAACUGAAGAGUUCAACUUGUCAAACUUGAUUAAAGAUGAACCUCAAUUUCAAUCUCAACCUCAACACAAUGAUGUUAGGGAUCUUGAGAAGUUAUUAGUCUCAGAAAAGUAUGAUGACUUCAAAGCUAAUAUAGAAGCUAAACUUGAGGAGUGGCUAAAAGGAACUAACAGCCAUUAUGACAAUUGUCAAACAGUUCACGAUAAAAAGCUUUAG